AUGUUUGAGAACUGUUCGGGAUUCAUCUGUGUGAUUGAGGCGGAUUACGAUGACAUGUAUGAGAAGGACAUGCAGACAGACCGGCGAGACGAGUCGCGUAUCCAUCCCGAGUCUUACAAACAGGUCGAGAAAAUUGCCAUGAAUGCGCUGGACAAGGAGAU